UAAUAUGUCAGCCGUCCACGGAAAACUGAGGGUAGGAGACCUAACUCAAUUCCCGAUGUACCCCGACGGACACAUGGAGAGGAAUAGCAUGCCGCAUUCAGAUUAUAGUGCUGCGGAUAGGGCAAACUACUUCAACUCCGCAAACGCCACCGGACAGAGAGCGGACAGCAUGACCCAUCGAAGGAAGAGAACCAACUUCACCCAGCAUCAGAUUGGGGUGCUGGAGAAAGUAUUCUCCGACACCAAAUACCCUGACAUAUACCUUCGCGAGAGACUUGAGGCUCUCACCGGCCUACCAGAGUCCAGAAUUCAGGUGUGGUUCCAGAACCGACGCGCAAAGUCCCGUCGCCUGGAAGGGUCGUCCAUGUCUAUGAAGCUCAAUGGUGUUGCCGCCCCCGUGACCCCGUUCGCGCAACUCCAUCACCGAAUGCACAACUUCAGACCAUCACUCCACGCCCGGACAGAAGAAACGCACGCCAAGACCACACUACCCACGAAAACUGGUAACUACGAACACUCAAUUAUCCCGUAUAUUGACGAUGCAUCCAUAAAUGGGAAUAGAAGAAAAGUUGAGCAAAUCGAACGAGAUGAGUUGAGCGUUGCGGUUCCGUGCAACAACGUUCAUCCGUAUCACAAGGGAAAUGGACUUUACAUCAAGUCCCAGAGCAACAUAAGCGGUAGUGCAGGUACAAAACAUGUUCUGGUUGAAUAUGACAACUUUCCCCCAAACAAGACCAUAGGUCCCGAGAUGAAAGUUGUUAUCCCUCCCAUUCCUUCACAGAACAACUUAGGCAGGUCCUCUCCAAAGCAUGUCUCGUGCCAAGUACAGCAUCCUCAGGUUAAGACAAGACCUGAUAACUUUGGCCACUUCUCUCCCAUUCGUGCCAGCAAGGCUCAAGAGUUUUCUGAUUCGGAUUCAGAGUGGGAAAAUGGUGCCAUGUCUGGCUUUGGUGACUUCAUGUGAAAUUGACUGAUGGGUUCAUCACUUCAAAAUGAACAGAUGUAAGUUUGUUAUAAAGAUACUUAUUUAUUGUAUAUUAUUUUGAUUGUCUUCGUUUUCAAGC